AUGAUGAUUGCCUUGGCAAUAGUAGUUGCAGUUGCUGGAAUAUUGUUUACCACACUCUGGAUUAAGUUUUGUGGUAAGAAAGAUAGCUUCCCGAAACACUAUUCACAUGAUAAUGGACGUCCUAUUGAUUCAACAGAGGAGAUUUGGAGAAUAGCUCAUGACAGAAAUGAAGAUAUUAUUGCCAAUGCUCUGGUGUUGAGAUCCAAAAAACCAAUAAAAGCAACUGACGUGAAAAAUGCAAUGAGACUGCUCACAAAGAGACACCCCAUGCUACGCAUGCACCUUAGAAAGAAUCAAGAUGGAGUUUACUGUUUUCAGAAAAUGGACAAAGUUGAUGUCGACAUGAGGCAGCUGGAUACUAAGGACUGGCAAAAUGUUAUGGAGGAAAGUUUGUUGGAGAAAUUUGAUUCAGAGAAUGGUCCCCUUUGGAGGUUGACAUUCUUGCCAAAUGCUAGGUACAAACCAGCCACUGGAGGUGAUGUCAAGGAUAUGACAUCAUACCCUAAUGAGUGCAUUUGUAUAUUUGGUUUCCAUCAUAUAAUAAUAGAUGGGCCAUCGUUUGCUAGAAUGUUUGCAGAGUUCAUUAACUAUGUAAACAAGUUAAGUAACAAGGAAGAACCCAAAGUAUCUUCAAUGGCAUUGCUACCACCAUUUUCUGUGUACAUACAUGAAGCUGUUAAGGGCAGAUGGUACCAUCACCUACUGGCAGCAGCUAUGGACAUUUUGAGCUUAAUACCAGGCUUUCCUGCCUUUAUGAUGGUUGCAGUGGUAGGGAUUAGUGGAAAAGGAAAUGUCUUCACUAGAAAACAUGGAGUUGAGGUGCAAAGAAAUCCUCAAAUUCAACCAAGAACCAAGAUUAUUCCUCUAGAGUUCUCAAAAGAGGAAACAACAGGCCUGUUAAAGAAGUGCAAAGAGCAUCAAACAACAGUGCAAGGCGCAGUUCAGACAGCAGGUUGUGUUGCAAUGACAUCUCUGCUAGAGAAGAACGAGUGUGAAAUAGAAUGUGGAAUAACAGUGAAUGCUAGGCGAUUCUUCAAGUCCACAGUGCCAAACGAGUAUGCAGGGCCAUUUGUAACCAGCAUUCUGUGUAAAAACACUUUUGACACUUCACUUGAGCAUGAAAAAUUCUGGGAAAGGGCAAAGAGUGUCUCUGAAGAUAUCCAUGGUAGGCUGAAGAAGAAUGAGCACAUGGAAAUGGCCCUAAUGUUUUACUGCAUGGCUCCAGUGCUCAGUCAGUAUUUUUGUAGGUCAGCUAAAAGGGACAAUGAGCAUGGUAACCGUUUCAGGCACCUGAUGGUCUACACUAAUCUAGGUUACUGUAAAUUUCUGGAUGGAUCUCCAAAUGAUGAUGUCAUCCUACGAGCCAGCUUCGGCUGCACUGCUGAACACGAACGAGGAAGCAUAUUUGCUAAUAAUAUUGCCACAUUUAAUGAUCAACUGUUCUGGACAGUUGUAUAUUACAGCAACAUAACAAGUGAAGCUACGGCCCAGAAAUAUGCUGAUUUAGUCAAAGAAACUAUUUUUAAGGCAGUUAAGGGUUAA